AUGUCUCAAAUACUGUUGACAACAUUCAGCAUAAUCGUGACCUUUUUAGUCCUUGCAUCCUUUAUUCCUCAAAUACGCCAUGCGUGGCUAAGAAAAGAGGGUGGAAGGGUUUCCCUGAACUAUCUACAAUUGAACCUGAUUUGCUCCACGGAAAACCUUUUCUUGGCUUUCUUUUUCACAGUAAAUGCUGACGAGGAUGUGCCUAUCUGGGCCCACGCUCCUCGAAUUGCCCUUGACUGGGUCAACCUAGCACAGUUCGUUGGAAUAUGGAUUCUUUUCAAUUUUCUGUUUGUUCUUGCAGUCUAUUACAGCUCUAUCAGCCGUGCCCACAAGGCCAAAAGGAUAGCGCUUUACGUCUUGUUUCUCAUCAUCUCCCUGGUCCCCUUGAUGAUCGAUGCAACAACAGACUUAUUUUGUCCUUCAGGGAAGGUUGACUGCUCCGUUACUAGCCGGGAUCCGAUCGAAUUUUUCAUGGCACUCCACGCAAAUAUUCUUCAGCCGGUGACCCACGCGCUCAUGGUUCUAUCCUUCUAUGAACAAGCUCGACAACGAACCCUUGAUCUGAGUGUUACAGGUCUCAAAUUACAAAGUUCCAUCUUCUUCGUCUCGGCCAUGUUGUGGACGUUCCGUUUACAUAUCCCGUGGGAGUUGAUCGGCACGGAGACACCGCUGACCCCUUUUUACAUCAAGUGUAUUAUUUGGUUGCAAUAUGUCAAGUUUUCAGCUGGCGCGGAUAUAAUAUUUGCAAUUGGACAAUGCACAUUGCUGCGGUUGAUAUUGCGGAAUUCGUGUUUCGAAGCUACUCACACAGCGACAGAGAGGCAGCGUCUGUUGGGACCCCAGCAGGAGAGCAUUGAGAAUGUCUAG